AUGGUUAGUGGCUUUGGGCGUGAAUUUGAAGGUGGACGACUAUCCAAAAAACUGAAAGUGCUGGAAGUGCCCUAUGUCGAUAGGAACACGUGCAAGCAAUCCACUAACUUUGCAAUAACAGAAAACAUGUUCUGUGCUGGUUAUGAAACAGAGCAAAAAGAUGCUUGUCAGGGAGACAGUGGAGGCCCCCACGUAACCAGAUAUAAGGAUACUCAUUUUGUUACUGGAAUUGUUAGCUGGGGAGAAGGGUGUGCAAAGAAAGGCAAAUAUGGUGUCUACACCAAACUGUCCAGGUUCUUAAGCUGGGUAAGAACGGUCAUGAGACAUAAUUUGUAG